GUCUUGCUCCUUAUCAAUCGCAAAGCCGAGCGAGUUGAGCCUGACAGUCUACCUCCUGCCGAGCGUGUUGGGCUUGACAGUCUACCUCCUGGUGUCUUUGACAUCAUCUGCCAGUAUGCGUGCACCGACGGCGGCCGGACCGCCUACUCGCUCGCCCUAGUUUCGAAGGUCGUCCGAAAAUCCUCGCAACCGUCCCGUUUUCAUUCGGUCUCGUUGGUCAAUGGUGCCGUCAGGAGAUUGGAUCUCCUGUCAAGAGCUCUCCGCGAAGCACAAUCAGUGGCGACUCAAAAUCACUUGUCCGUCCCAAAGCUCCGCCAUCUCUGCAUCGACGUACGCUCUAUGGAGAGUACAAUCAACCCACCCUCCGAUCCGAGCACACAUUCUGUCGCUCCCAAGUUACCCUCGCUCAUGUUCGAUGCGAGGCUCGUCUUAGAGGUAUCUCCCUACCUUGAAACCCUUUGCUUGCUUGGGAUCAACCGGGACGCGGCCGUCCCAGAACCGGCGGAAUACUACAUAAGGCAUUUGCCGUUCAGGUGCAAUGGCUUUCCAUGCCUGCGAGAGCUGUCGAUCAGCGGCAUGCACACACAUCUGUUCAAGAACAUCAGUAAACGACGCGGACCUCUCUUCCCUGCCCUCUCUCGUCUUCACAUCAUGGCGACGGCCAGCAACCCGGUCAACUUCGGUCGCUGGCUCCGAGAGGCGCCUCACCUCUCAGAAUUGCGACUACAAGUCACCAUGAGCACUUCAGACGGACUGAUCCCGAAGUGGAUGCUUAGCCUUGAACGCAGUCUCAAGAGGGACCCGCUCAGUCUAAGUUCUGACCCCUCAUUCCUGAUGCUGGUGCUGGUGAAACAAGAGGUCGCCGUUGACAUCUCGGAGGACGACACACAUCCAAGUCCAGCGUACCAGCAGCACCGCGCUCGCCUGUCGCGUCUGUUGAGGUGCACUUCGUCGGCGCUCGUGCCGGUCAUCCUAGUGAUGAACUAUAUACCCUUCGAUAUCGUGCCAGAGCAGAGCGGAAACGAUUGGAGUGAUGUAGAGGUCCUACAAGCAGAUUGGCUCGCUCGCGUCUCGGGAACCAACGGAAGCUCGGACUUCUGGAGCGAUUGGGAGGAGCAUAGGAAGGAGCUUGGUGACAGUCGACUUCGUCAGAUCAGCGGCAAAAUGCCAGUCGUUAUGCCGAAUCGCAAGGCGCAACGACGUGUGCUUCUUGCACAACUGAAUGCACAACUGAAUCGAUUACGUCGUGAAUAUGGACUAGAGCCUAUCUCGUAG